AUUUGUGUAUUUUACUAAUUUCACUAGUGAAAAGAAAUGGCCACUACUGAGCUGAAGGGCUGCUUCACUUGCCUGCGACGGACGGACAACUUUCUGUGCAUAACCGAGCGAGAUGACCUGAACGGGGAAAAUGUCGAAGCAAUCUUUAGCAAGCACUUUUGGUUCACCAAAGAUGAAUAUUACAAUCAAAGCAUCUGCACCAGCUGCUGGGAGAAAAUUGACGAUUUCCACAAGUUCUACUGUCAGGUGGAAAAAGUUCACCCAUCGGCACUGUUUGCUGAGAUCAAAACCGAAACGCUUGACUGCUGUCUAGAGGAUGAAAUGUUGGGUCAUGACAAGCAGCACGAUCGUCUCGCGGAUGAAGGUGGGGAUCAUCCGAUCCUUUCCGGAUGUCUGAGCCCUGAUCUGGUCGUUUGCAAAGUUGAAAUGAAAGAAGAAUCCGUUGCUGCUGCUGCUGAUAACAACAAAACGAAUGAUCAGGAAACUCAGAAUGGUGACGCGAAGCGGGCUUCAGUUUCCGAGAGCGAACACGAUCAGCAGGAUGAUCAACUAGGGGAACCCUCGAAAAGCAGCACGUCAAGUAGUGACGAAGACGAAACCGUACAAGCCGAAUCAUCCUCCGAUUCGGAUAUGCCUCUUGCGAGGCGGCUAGCAUCUAGGAAGCGAAAAAUGGCCGUGAAAAAAGUACGCACUAGAGUUCGGGCUCGAAAAUCAAUGCGGAAGGAGAAGUCGGAUAACGAGCAGCUGAAUGCAUUUAUUAGACAGCAUAUGGACAUUACGUGUCACAAAUGUGCGGAACUCGGAACGACGGACAGCCAUGAAACGUUCGAAAGUUUCUACCGAUUGCGGGUGCACUUCAAGAAGGUUCACGACACUUACGGGUACAUUUUCUGUUGCAACAAAAAAUGGGCCACCAAAACCGGUCUUGUGGAACACCUGACCAAUCACGAGCCGACGAAGGACGACCACAGUCGGUGCGUGGAAUGCAAUUGCAUUUUCAAAGACAAACGCAGCUAUGCCAAUCACAUGUUUUUGAUGCACACCCCGGAGGACCAGAAACAGUUUAAAUGUGAUCGAUGUUCGAAAGCGUUUGCCGCAGAGGAUCUGCUGAAAAGUCACAUCACCUGGCACGAGGAGGUGGAGAAGAAGAACCACUAUUGCACGCUGUGCUGUAAGUAUUUCCUGAGCGCUCGCAAUCUGGAAAAUCACCAUCUGAGUCAUCACAAUUUUGGUGAAAGUUCAACGGCAGCCGCCGGUAAUCCCAGCGAAUUGGAUAGCGAACAACUGCUGGAACAGACGGCGGCAGAGUCUUCCAGGGAAAAACCAUCGAAGAAUAAACGUGGUCCGGAGGAUAUCGCCCGCGAGGAUGAUUUGAUUAAAAAGUUUAUCGCACUGAACUGUUCCAAGUGUGACUUCAUAGGGGAAACCUUCAACAAGCUGGCCUACCACGCCUUUAAGGUGCACAACAUGAACACCCAUUCGGUCGUUUGCUGCGAGCGACGGUUCGGAAAGCGGCAGCGUCUAUACGAGCAUUGCCUUCGGCAUUUGAACCCGGACCAUUUCAAGUGUGACAUUUGCGGCAAAACGUACGCCGACAGUUCCGGGCUGCAGAUUCACAAGUGGUGGAUCCACACACCGGCUUCGGAGCGGCCGUUCAAGUGCGACAUUUGUGGGGCAGCUUUCGUGAAGGAUUAUCUGCUGAAACAGCACACCAACUGGCACAUGAAUAAGGAACGAAAGACGCACUUUUGCGAGAAGUGCAACAAGGCGUACUCGAAUUCGCAACAGUUGAGAGCCCAUCAGCAGAAGAAGCACGGAGCCAUUUGCGAUUGGGUGUGCGAUAUCUGUGCCAAGGGAUUCAACCAUCGGGCUCUGCUGGAGGAACAUCGGUUGACCCACUCGGAGGAGGGACUGGCCAGCUUGAAGAUGCAGUGCGAAAAGUGUCAGCGAUGGUUGAUCAACAAGAAGAGCUAUUUACGGCACAAGCGACGCUGUUACGACACGAGCGGACCGGUGAAAUGUGACAUCUGUGGAAAGGAGUCCGUCAACGAAGCCGCCCUGAUGGGGCACAAAAAUUUCCAUCAUUCCAAUCGACCCAUCCACACCUGCAACUACUGUGGCAAGCAGUGCAAAACGCAACUGCGGCUUAAGGAACAUGAAGCAACGCACACCGGUGUGGUGCUGUACCAGUGCCCGUACUGCCCGAGGACAUCCAAUUCCAGUUCGAAUAUGUACACUCACAAAAAAUCGGCCCAUCCGGAGAAAUGGGCCGAGGAAGUUGCUGCUCGGUUCUACACCAGAUGAUAGUACGAAGGCGAUCAAUGGUCGUGACUGGUAUGGUAAGCAAUUAUAACAUCGUAUAAUAUAGAGUAUUUAU